AUGCAAGUCGACAAAAGGAACCUCGGAUCCUUCCAAUUUGUGAGACGACUGAAAGUAUCCCAUCCGUUGAUUUCCAGUCAAGAGAAGAAUGCAAUCAAGGAUAGGCUGGAAGUUUCUCUUUCUUCGAUCGGGGUAAAACAAGCCUGGAAUGAAGGCAAAUGGCAGCGAACUAAAGGCCAUGAGACAACAGAAAAUAUAAUGCUUCACUUAUACCAGAUAUUCGCUGCCACUGUUCAACAACAGCUACCUCUUCGUGUACAUACGAAUAUAUCUCAGAGCCAACUCCACUGCGACACAUAUGCAGAGUCAGCAUGGCUAUACGACCUCCUCCGCGGAAUCUAG